AUGAAGAAGAGAGCGACGCUGGGGUUCGAAGAAUCGAAGGCCGUGUUUGGUCUGCUGAGAGCAGAGCAACGUCCACUCGAAGAGAUCGUCUCAGACUUCAACUCCUUUUUCUCCCAUGGCCGCCAAUUCAUUCCCUGCUUUUCUAUCUCCAUUCUUUUACAGGAUAAGAAGAUGCUGAGUUCCACUCAACGUUUGAUUGCGUUCGCUAUUCUUCAGCAGGCGUAUUCUUCCCAGAAACCUUCUGCAAAUCCGUUCAUUAGUUUACUAAUAAAUGCUGCAUGUGAUGUUGAAGCUGAAAAAUAUGAGAGGGCACUUAUUCUUCAGCUAUUACAGCUAUUCGGCUCUGAUGGCUCUAGUGGUGGCAAAGAGGAGAAUCUUCUGUUUCAGCUACUUAAACAGUCUGCUGCAGAUUACAUCAAAAGUUUUGAUCCUUCAGUGCAUGCCUUCCCGCAACACGAACAGUUGCAGCAGCAGUAUGCCGAUAAAGUCCAUCCUGAACGAUAUAAUUCUCCACUAAAGGAUAGUUCAGUUAGAAAUGUGGUCGCAGAUCCUGAUGUUCCUUGCGGUUUUGAUGUUAACUCAUCAGAGUUUGAUGUACAACCAGGAGCAAAUCCUAAGCUUGGUUCUGGAGAUAGAGAUGAGACA